AUGCUUUUUCUGGUUAUCUUUUGGUUUCAACUCUUCUGGUCUCCCUGCGCGUUCUCAUGGUCAAAACCUCCGAUAAAGUCUUCACCUGAACCUCCCAUAGAAUCCGAUUACGGUAUCUACAAAUCUACCCUUCCUCGGCAUUAUUUCAGACUUCCACAUGCUCUAGAAAGAUACACUCGCAGACCGGACUGCUUUCGCCGAGUCGCAGGUGCGAUAAGGACGCGCUGUGGUGAAUUAGAUAUGGAUGAAGAUGAACGAAUAAACGCUGCCAUUUCUAUGACCCUCUGCGAAAUUGCAACCGCGAAGCAUUAUUCCCUACCGCUAGAAUGUCGCCCGUUCUCACCCGAAGGAAAAGAUCCACGAGAUCCACGCACGCGAAGCGAAUGCGUAGAUGCACUCUCAAGAAGUGCUCAAUUUUGGUCAAGCUAUUCUGGUUAUUUGCGAGAAAUUCGUGGGUCGUCUUUCUUACGUUGA